AUGUCGGAAUAUGUUGGACAGGUCUGCACGACGUGCCUUGAGCUGCUGGGCACGGUCUCUCCGUCUAUUUUCUUUGCUUCUCUCGCGUCGACUUUGAUCGGGGUUGUUGUUCUUCUAUACCUAUUUCUCUUUGCCGUCGCAUUCAAACCCCGAUCAUCCUUUGCCGAGGAGAUGAAAUACCGGACACUGGCAGAAGAUGGCCAAAUCACCAAGCCCCGACAACUACCUUGCUGGCAGGAUAGCUGGGAGCGUGCCCGAAAGCAAACACCAAACAAGCGCGACCUGCUAAUCGAAAAACCAGAAGUUUUCAUGUCUGUAGUCGUCCCAGCGUACAACGAAGAGGAGCGUCUGGUUGGCAUGCUCGAGGAAACAGUAGACUAUCUCGAAGAAGCCUACGGAACUUCAGCAACAAAUGGUGGACAGGGGAAAAAGGGCAAAACCACUCGUCAACGAAAGGCAAACGGCGGACAGAGCAAUGGUCAUGCUGUUGCUACUACUAGCGAUUCAUCCAAGGGCUGGGAGGUCUUGAUUGUUUCUGACGGCUCCAUCGACAAGACCGAGCAGGUCGCUUUUACCUUUGCACAAAACCACGGUGUUCCCUCGGACAGCGUCCGGGUUAUCACGUUGACAGAGAAUCGAGGCAAAGGAGGCGCUGUCACACAUGGCAUGCGUCAUGCUAGAGGUCAAUAUGUGGUUUUUGCCGAUGCGGACGGCGCAAGCAAAUUCGCCGAUCUUGGGAAGCUCGUCGAAGCUUGCGAACAGGCCCAGGAUGCCAGCGGGCGAGCAGUCGCAGUCGGCUCGAGAGCUCACAUGGUCGGUAGCGAGGCUGUAGUGAAGCGCUCCAAACUCCGCAACUUUCUCAUGCACUCUUUCCAUCUCAUCCUCUGGCUCCUGACUCCCCACGCAACAGCCAAGAUUAAAGAUACCCAGUGCGGCUUCAAACUGUUUUCACGCGCGUCUCUGCCAGACAUUAUUCCAUACAUGCACUCUGAAGGCUGGAUCUUCGACGUUGAAAUGCUGAUGUUGGCCGAAUUCGCGCGGAUUCCCGUUGCCGAAGUCCCCGUAGGGUGGCGCGAGGUGAAAGGGAGCAAAUUGAAUGUUGUCUGGGACAGCAUCGGGAUGGCCUGGGGUUUGUUUGUGCUCAGGGCGUCGUGGGGGUUAGGCGUUUAUAGGCGGACGUGA